AUAAAAGCCGGGGCCCCUCUUGGCUCCCUCUACCCUUUUCUUCAGCAUACACGCUACAAACCACACAUCAAAGCACAACACAGCUCUCUCACACCCAAACCAAACCAAAUCACAACCAUGUCGAACUACGGAUACCCCGCCCACAACGUCGUCCCCCAAGGCUCCGACGAUCCCCGCAAGCAGAUGCUCUCUGAGGGCGAAGCUACCGACCGCGGUCUGAAGAUCGGCAACUUCGAGCUUUCCAACUCACAACUCGCCGUUGGUGGUGGUCUCCUCGGUACCGCCGCCGCCAUCGGUGUCGGCGCCUUUGCUUUCGACAAGUACCAGGACUCCAAGGAGAACAAGGCCGAGCAGGAGUGGGGCGCCCAGAACUGGGAACAAGACGCUCACCGCCGCCAAGGCGAGUACCUCGAGGCCGUGAAGGCCAACAAGACCCUCCCCCCCGUUCAAUGGGUCCUCACCGAGGGCAACUCGAUCCCCCAGGGAGCCAUCCCCGGCGGAAAGGACGUUGACGGCACCACCCUCUACAUCGCCCGCGCCUUCCACAACGGCGGCGUCCACAUCGGCAAGGCCUCCUCCAAGCUCAAGGACGGCGCACACAUCUCCUACAGCGGAAAGGAGAUUGCCGUGCAAAAGUACGAGAUCCUCCUCGGCUUCGAGAACGCCGUCCGCUGGAUCGACGGCGAGGGCAGGCUCAACAAGCGCGACUACAAGAUGGUCGAGGGUGGACGCGAGUCCGACGGUACCCCUAUCUACAUCGGUCAGGCCCACCUCCACGGUGCCGUUACGCCCGGCAAGGUCGGAGAGAGCAUCGAGAAUGGAUGCUCUGUCGCCUUUGACGACGACGAGAAGUUCGAGAAGCACUACAGGUUCCUCACCUACGCUUAAGCGAUUCCCCAACACAUAUAUCCCCCACCUCCACCUUACAUGUCCUUGUAAAAUAUCCCUCACCCCCCUGUACCUAGCAUCGAUGUAACAUACCCAUCCAUCGCGUAGAAGCGAUUUUUGUUCUAUUUUGAAUCAUAACAUAUCCGACUCCGAUCUCUUGACAACAACUUGUAAAUGUUCCGGCGUGGUUUUGACGUAUGGUUUUUGGUUGUGUUCGACGCUUUGGUCACCCUGU